UGAUUGGCAUUCUCACUAUUAUUUUCACACCCUCCACUCCAUUCCACUGAUUACUAUCACAUCAAAAUAUCCACCAUGUCAGGCCUGUUUAUUGUCGCCGCCAAGCGUACUCCCUUUGGCGCCUUUGGUGGUGCCUUGAAAACAUUGACUGCCACUGAUUUGGGCGUCGUUUCCAGCAAGGCAGCGAUUGCCCAAGCCCAAAAUUUGGAUCCUGCUCACAUUGACGCUUGCUUUUUUGGCAAUGUCAUUCAAUCCUCGUCGGAUGCUGCUUAUUUGGCGCGUCAUGUCGCUCUCAAAUCGGGAUGUGCCAUUACGACACCCAGUCUCACCAUUAAUCGAUUGUGUGGCAGUGGAUUUGAAACCGUCAUUCAAGGGGCUACGGCCAUUUCAGUUGGUGAUGCCAAUAUUGCGCUCUGUGGUGGUACGGAACAAAUGAGCAUGGCGCCCUUGACGGUCAGUGGCAAUGAUGCCCGAUGGGGUGUCCCACUCGGUAAGGGCAUGAAAUUGGGAGAUUCCCUUUGGGAUGGUCUCACCGAUGCGUAUGCGGGAACCCCCAUGGGUAUUACCGCGGAGAAUUUGGCCGAAAAAUACGGAAUUUCGCGUCAAGAAUGUGAUGAAUAUGCCAUUCGGAGUCAACAAACAUGGGGUGCCGCCCAAAAAGCUGGAAUCUUUGAUUUGGAAAUGGCACCCGUCACGAUUGAAUCCAAAAAGGGAACGAUUGUUGUGGAUACUGAUGAACAUCCAAGGCCCGACACUGCCCUGGAAAAGAUUGCCAAACUCAAGCCCGUCUUUAAAAAGGAUGGUGCUGUGACGGCCGCCAAUGCGUCGGGAAUCUGUGAUGGUGCCGGGUCGGUCAUUGUCGCAUCGGAACAAGCUGUUCAACAAUACAAUCUAAAGCCACUCGCGAGAUUGGUCUCGUAUGCCGUCACGGGAUGCGAUCCCACCAUCAUGGGGAUUGGACCUGUCACGGCCAUUCAACAGGCAUUGGCCAAAGCGGACUUGUCACUAGCGCAAGUCGAUCGCGUCGAAAUCAACGAAGCCUUUGCCGCACAAUUUCUAGCGUGUGCCAAGGAACUCGAAUUGGACAUGGACAAGACCAACUUGCACGGUGGUGCCAUUAGUCUCGGACAUCCAUUGGGUGCUUCCGGGAGUCGCAUAGUGGCACAUUUGGCCAAUGAAUUCCAUCAAGAAGGAAAUACCAACCAAAUUCAUGUCGGAUCGGCGUGUAUUGGUGGAGGACAAGGGAUUGCCGUUGUCUUGGAGCGGGCAUAGACAGAUAAACAGAUCAUUAUGAUGCGAUUGAUGUGAUUCAGCAAAAGAGCCAGUCCACUACUCUGAGCUGGACAGAAUCCCCAAUGACCGUUGGUUCGAUCUGUGGUAACACUUAUAGCUCUACUGCUUCAUCUAUCUGACUCCACUCAUCAGCCCGUGCUGGGCUUGGCUACCUUUUCUAACUAAUGCAUUGAUGCAACUUGGCCUUGUGCCUCCAGGCACCAAAAAUUUCGUUGCAUGAAUUGAGGAUGAGGACAUGGAGUCUAGGGUUUCUCUAUUGUUGCAAAGGCUCCCUAGCAUGAAGUCACUUCUUGUCAUUCCGCCCCACGUGCCUAUUGCCAUUGUGAAAGCUACACAUUUUUGUCUCUGUGGAUCCCACAAUGGGCUAUUUUUUCUGAUGUAGUAUUGAUGAAGCUUGGCCUUGUGUAUGCAGGCACCAAAGAUUUCGUUGUUGCAUGAAUUGAUGAGGACAUGGAGUCUAGGAUUUCUCUCCAGGCUUUGAGGAUUUCUGCUGCCGUAGUGGUUCUCUAUUGCAAAGGCUGCAUGAUGUGGUCACCGCCAUUCAGCAAAAUUUGAUCGUGCCGUCGAGGAUGCCUACCUGUAGUAGCAGAGCUAGUAGCCGUAACAUUUUCAUCACUCAAACUAUAGCUACUACUUUGCAAGCUGCAAUCAGCUUCUGCAGUAGUGUGUCUGGUGGCUACCGUAGUUGCAUUGGCGUUCCGUGACUACCGACGAUAGUCCCCCGUAGACUAGCUAGCUAGAGUCAUCGACGGAAGCCUGCGAGUAGCUAGCUAGUAGUCUAGCUAGCUAGUUCGAUUUGGAGGUCCUGGGCUCGACUGAGUCAGAGUCAC